AUGUGCGAAGCGUUGGAUUACAUUGCGGCGUGUUAUCGGGACGCUGGUGACGAGCACGAGUUAUUCUUGUUCCUCGAUGGAAAUCCAAGCCACAUGACAUUCGACGUCUUGAAGCACGCGAGGGACCUGAACAUCUCCAUUCUGUUCUUGGUACCACACUGCAUACAUCUUAUGCAAGGCGAGGACGUCGUGCACUUCAGCGAAAUGAAGAGGAAAUUUCAGGAUGAACUGCGGCAAACGGAUGUAAGUCAUAGUCGAAUCAGUCUGCUCAGCGGUUUUGAUUAUAAAUCAUCACUUGAUUCGACACGUUUCUUCGCCGCAGCGCACCGCGCUUUCUUGCAUGCAUUCACUCCUGAACUAAUUGCUAGAAGUUGGUCUGAGGUCGGCCUCAGUCCUUUCAAUUACGAGCCGUUGAGGAAGCUUAGAGCGCGAGAUCAGGCGCGCGCACGCGCUCAAGAGGUCGCACGCGAUGCGUCGACUCCUGAGCGUCAAGCGCGACUCGCUGAGCUCGCCAAGUACCAGAAGAAAGGCUUGCAGAGCGGUGAGUUCGUCCCCGAGCUAUUCCUCCCUGCCGGCGAUCACGACCUGGAUCUCGCGACUGCUAGGCUGUUGAAGAUCGCGGCCGAGGCCAAGUCCAUGGACGAAGUCGUUUCGCGAGCUGCGACGGAGCUAAGUCAGACUUGGUCUAAGGAGCAGUUGAGCAUCAUGCUGCACGCGAUGAAGAUGAGGCCCAAGCGAAAGCGUAAGAAUCCCCUACAAGCCGUGGCGACGAGAGGUCCAGUUGCAAACACACGUGAAAACCUCGUCAUACUCGCAGAGAUCGAGGUCGAGAGGGCUGAAAAGGACCGUUCGCGGGUGAAGAAACGCGAAGGACGAGUAGCUAAAGAAGCUCUCGAGAAUGAGGCUGCACUUGAACUUUGGAAUCACGUCGUCGCUGAGCUCGCCGCGCACGGCGCGCACAGGAAACUGUCCACACCGGAGCUACGUCACAUCGUCCGCGCUCGCAACCUCGCCCCGUUGGUGAAAAAGACGGAUCUGGCCCGACACACGCGCGAACGACUGAAGGAAAUCAUUCAAGAAAACAGUGGUUGCCCAGUGGGUUUUGGGACGAUUUUACCUGCGACCGCCGACGGCGCGGUAGCACGGAAACGACGGAAGAAAACAACAGAAGACGUUGAGGGAGCGUUAGGAGACGCACUCGACCCCAAACCGCCGUCGACGAAGCGUCGACGCGUCCAAAAGCCGACAGAGUCUGAGAAAAUUCAAAAAACAUCGAAACAAACUGGUGGUUGUGCUCGUUGCAGAUACAGCCGCAACGGUUGCGAUCGGUGCGAUCCGGCACGCGAGAAGAAGCGGCCCGCGCGGAAACGGUCAGGUACAGCGAAGAAACGGUAA